AUGUGUAAUGCAUUGGAGAUCAAGGAUCCAUUCCAAGUCUAUGAGGACAUCAAACGUGAAGGACUCAAAGUUGACAAAGAUGAUGUCAACAUCAUCUUCACCUCGGUCAUUGGAUGUGUUCCAGGUGUUGGACCAUUGCUCCAAGGUGUGUUUGCAUUGUUUUGGAAACGUGCAUCACCAUCAGACUCGGUGUCCAAGGCUGAGUUGGACAAGAAGAUGGAGGAGUUGAAGAAGGAGAUGAUCGGAAUCAUUGAUUCAAAGAUCAAGGACAGUGAGAUCAGAAUGUGGACUGAUAUCUGUCAGACUGUUCUUUGGAACCUCAGAAGUUCAUGUACUUCUAUGAAGAUUGAUUUGUCCGCUCUGAUCUAUAAGUUGGACAACAACGAGACGAUCACCACCGACUUCUUAACCGAUAUCCGCACCAAGAUCACUCUGGCUCUUGAUCACAGCACCCAACUCCUGAACUUUUGUUCCAAUCCCAAGUACAUGAGAUAUGUUGUUCGAUUCUAUAUUGAAUCAUUGUUCACCAACAUCUCCAUUUAUGGUCUUAUCAAUGCAUUCUGGUACCAGUUGAACUAUGAUGAGAUAUACAUCGCUGGAAGGAAGCCUAAUCGCAAGUCACCAAAGGGUGUCAAGUCCAACAAUGAGAAGUUGCAUGAUUUGAUAAUGGAAGGUCUUGCAUUGAUUGGAUACCAUGCCAAUCCUGAUGAUCGAUAUGACUCUUUCGAGAAGAAUGCUCAUCUCUUACUCAAGAGUGAUGUGUUCAUGUACCCUGUGCCACUGAUAAUGUAUGAGCCGGGUGAGCAGGAGAAUAAGGAGUAUGAGAGUGAGUUACCCGAGGGAGAUGACAAAGUCCCUAACAGGGUGAUCAACCUUCCAACCAAGCCCAUGGCCUACAUCAUGCGAAUGGACGCUUAUUAUGUUUUCACAUAUCAAAUGGAUCCAAGAAUAUCACAAUCAUUGGGCAAUCGAGAUGGAUGGAUUGAGCCAAUCACAGGUUGUCUUGGAAAGAACUUCGAGUGGACAAGUUUGAGAAGUUAUGAUAUCAAGUUGGACGAGCCAAGGAACAUCACCAUCAGACUCUACGGUCACUACCUCAACUAUGUCAAGAGUAUAGAUUUGGAGGGUACUGAUGGUUCGGGCAAGCCAUUCAGGGAGACCCUUGACGUCACCAAGUACCAGUAUGGAGCAUUGCGACCACCUGCACAGAGAUACAACCACAGGGACAAUAGUGUGUACAAAGCUGGAUAUGCAGUAUCCAAGCAAUUCAAACAGGUCAAAGAGAUGACAUUCAAGUUUAGUAUUGAUGCCAUAAUGUGCCAUUUGUUGUUCAUAGAGUUCAUGGUAACCCUGAACCAAGACCAGUACCCUUCCCUUGUUGAACAACAAAACUAG